CUCCAAUCCCAUCUGUCCUCCCGUCCAGGCGAAAUGUUUCCGCCCCUGUGUCAGUCUACCCAAACUGGGCGCUUGUUAUUUGUCCCACCGGAGAAAGGAGUGAUCGAGCUUUACGUUAUUAAAAGAAUGCAUUCAGGCUCCUGCCUUUAAGAAACGAUGCCUUCUGAUUGACAUCAACAGUACUAUCUGUCCAUCAUGAACAGCGAAGAAGAGUUCUAUGAUGCUGAGACAGGUUUGGAAUCAGACGACUCAUGUGAAGUCAGCUUUAAAGAUGCCUGCGUCUACACGAACAAGCAGACAGCAAAUGGCAAAGUGCUGUCUGAGAAUGGAGUAUGGCAGAGACGAACUACUCUGCCAGCACCCAUGUUCUCCAGGAAUGACUUCAGUGUGUGGGGCUUCCUGAAGAAAUGCAUUGGAAUGGAGCUGUCCAAGAUAACAAUGCCUAUUGUUUUCAAUGAACCGCUGAGCUUCUUGCAGAGAAUUACGGAGUAUAUGGAACAUGCAUACCUCAUCCAUAAAGCUUGUACACUUUCAGACUCUAUAGAGCGUAUGCAGCUUGUUGCCACAUUCGCCGUUUCUGCUGUUGCAUCACAAUGGGACAGAACUGGAAAACCUUUUAACCCUUUAUUAGGAGAGACCUAUGAACUCACAAGGGAGGAUGAGGGUUAUCGAAUGGUCUCAGAACAGGUGAGUCACCAUCCACCAAUCAGCACCUUCUACGCAGAGUCGCUCAAUCAGGACUUCACAUUUCAAGGCUCCAUCUACCCUAAACUAAAAUUCUGGGGAAAGAGUGUGGAGGCAGAACCUAAAGGCACCAUGACACUUGAGCUGUCCAAGCACAGAGAGGCUUACACAUGGACAAAUCCAAUGUGUUGUGUGCAUAAUGUUAUCCUGGGUAAACUGUGGAUUGAGCAGUAUGGAACAGUGGAAAUCGUCAACCACAGCACUGGGGACAAGUGUGUGCUGAAUUUUAAGCCAUGUGGCAUGUUUGGCAAAGAGCUGCAUAGAGUAGAGGGAUAUAUCCAGGACAAGAGUAAAAAGAAACAUCUGGUUAUCUUUGGGAAGUGGACCGAGUGUUUGUACAGCAUUGAGCCAAAAGUCUACGAAGCCAACAAGAAAGCAGAGAAGAAAAGUGGAGGAGAUUCCAAGAAACACAAGCAGGAGCAGAGCCCAGGCGGUGAUGAUGCAGACGAGAUGCCAAAUGUCCAGGAAACAGUCUCUAUGAUUCCAGGCAGCACUUUGCUGUGGAGAGGAGCCCCUCGACCACCACACUCCACACAGAUGUAUAAUUUUACCAGCUUUGCCAUGACACUCAAUGAGCUGGAGCCUGGUAUGGUUGGAGUCUUGGCACCAACAGACUGUCGUCUUCGACCUGACAUCAGAGCUAUGGAGAAUGGUGAUAUAGACACUGCAAGUCAAGAGAAGGAGAGAUUGGAAGAGAAGCAGAGAGCUGCUAGAAGAGAGCGUGCUAAAGACGAGGAAGAGUGGUCCACCAGAUGGUUCCAGCAAGGCAGUAAUCCUUACACUGGAGCUGCAGACUGGAUCUACAAGGGUGGCUACUUUGACAGGAAGUACUCUGGUCUUCCAGACAUCUACUGAUUUGGUUUGGAAGACAGAGAGAGGCUUGAGAUUCGUCCUUUUCUGUCCUUAACUCAAUCCAUAUCAUCUCUCUUUACUAAACUCCUUUCAUAUUUAUUUUUCUUCUUCAAAAUGUGAGAUUCAAUUGAACGGUUAUCAGACAAAGCCUCUCCACACCUUGUACUCCCCACUAGAAUCUGGAAAUUUAGUGUUUGUGAGAAUUUAUUUAUUUUGAGAGGUAGGGAAUGCCUUACAAAAUGAUUCACAUUUUUUUUUCAAGUACUUAUUUUUUUAUUUCCAUUUUUGAUUUAUGUAUGUACAGAAUGUUAGAUUAAAAGAUAAACAUUCUGUGCAAACCUAAAUAUGUGUACAGAAAUUAUUAGGUUAAAUGUACGUUCUUACCUACCUUUCCAUGUGUCUUGCUAGCUACACUCAGGUGUUCAUUUUAUGGGUACAAGUGGUUAGAGAUGGCAGCACUCCCGUGCCAUAAGUGAAGAUGGCCGAUUUUGUGUGAAUUUUGAACUGUGAGGCUGCUCUGAACAUAUUAGAAGAGCAUUAUUUUUUCCUAAUAUUUUUAUCUAUAUUAUUACUAUAUUUAUAUUAUAUCUCUAUUAUUUGAUAAUUUUUUUUUUUUUUUUUUUUGGUCCAGGAAUGUGACCUCUAUUAUGGUAGACAGGAAGUGCAGGUGGGUAAAUCUCACAAAGAUAUGUCCAGAUAUAUUUUGCAUUGUGACAUACAUUUCAUGACAAUUAAGAUAAUUUUACCCCUAAAUUUUCAUUACUGUAAUGUGAAGAAAUCUCAUUACUGAAAUACAGCAAAAAUGAAUACUACCAUGAUUUAAAUGUCUUUUAAAAUACUUGAAAUGUCUUUUUUCAUAACAAUACUAAGAAUUUAGAGGAGGGGGAAAUAUACUUAAUUUUCAUGAAAAUAAUGUCUCAACGCAAAUGCAAUUCUUAAUGGUCCUAAGAGAAACUAAAUCCUUUUUUUUUUUUAGGGUAAAAUAUGACCUGGACAUAUUCUUGGCAGUUUUGAGUACCUGAGAAGGAAACAAAGUUGAUUUUUCCAUGUCAUCCCCUAUUUUCACAGACAUAUAUCUCAUUAAUAAGUCCCUCAGGCCAAAUUCUCAUGGUCUCCGUGGUACAGGGGAGUUUACUAAAACAAAUAUUCUCAUUCCUCACAUUUAAAAAUGUUUUAGUUCAGUUUUGUUUUUGUUUGACAGACAAAAAUGAAAGCUGCUUAUGACAAAUGUUUACCUGGUAAAAAAGUGGGUGUUUUUAUCAUAGAAAAACUGCUCUUAUAAAAAAAAAUAUAUGUAUACUAUUAGAACCUGCCAUCGAUAUUUUGAGUUUGUAUAUGGUUGCCAAAGCGACUCUCCUCUUGUAGAAACUAAAGCCAUAUAACUUGUCAGGACUGCAGUGUCGUGUUAAACAAGUGAUACAUCCUGGUGUACAAAAAAGUUGAAUGAAAUGGAGAUCGGUGCUAAUCUUUUUAUGUUUGUUUCAGCUCUUAUGGCUCACGAAUGUCAAGAUAUGUCACCUUAGCCCACAUAUAUACACAUGUACCAAAAAAUGCUCAGUUGAUAAUGGAAUGUGCUUAAUUGCUCACAAGCUUUGUGUUAUCCAGCAAGUUUCAUUUGGCAAGACAACAGCAACAUGUAAGGACUUCAAACUUCAUAUUCUUCAAACAUACAAAUCAAAGACAAGAGAUGUCUUCAGAGGAUUGUAAAAAACACUACUGUCUUUUAUUUCAAAACUUUAAACAAUACUGUGAUUUUAAAUCUCAGAAGCUAUGCAAACAUUGAUUGGAAUGUCUGUUCGUCUAUGAAUUGUUUGUGUUUAUGUAAAAUACUUUGUUUGGCACAAAGGUGUCGAGCAUGUUAGGACUUGUACUGGUGGUUUUACACGGUUUUGUUGGCUGUUUUGCACAGCUUUUGUAUUUCCCUUUAGCCUGAAGUUUGAUGGAGAGACAACAUUUUGUGUAACUGCAAAGACAACACUGUUAUCAAAUUUUUAGCUUAUUGUCGACCAUCUACACGUAAUGGGAGCUCAUCAUCUGUUGUGUAGCACAAGAGUAUUUCAAUUUAUAAAGUAAUAUGUUCCAUGUAGUGCAUACAAUUGCAAAAGCCAAGCUUCAGACCAUGUCAUAAGUUAGAGGAAAGAGAUAACUAUGAAUUAUCCCUCUGUAUAUUUUAUACAAUAUAUUCUGGCAUGUCUAAACAUAAAUUAGUUAGUCUCACUAUCAAUGCUUACUAGCAAUUCUCUAGAAAUAGCUUACCAUAAUAUUCCACCAGCUGCUAACUUGACUUUUAAUGCCCUUAAAAUAAUGAGACAUUAAAGAAAAAAAAAGAAGAAAAAAAAACUGUACACGCAUCCCCAAUUGCCUCAUGAUUUUGUGCCAUCUUUGUCCAUUGUUGCUGUAGCAAUCACAUCAUGUUAAUGUAAAAGUAAACCUGGUCACAUUAAAUGCAACUAUGUAAAGCAAACGUACACUCAGAAAUGUAUGUCGAUUUCAAGUGAUUCUGUCGGUGUUCUUAUUGAGCUGUUGUUGUUGGUUGUGACACUAGGGAUUGUUUCUAUUGUGAAACUACUUCAAAGAUAUUGUAGAUGCCCAAAUGAUGACACUGUGGUGCUAUGCUGGCUUUACAUAAUUGUACAUGAUAUAUUGUGACUUUCUACUGCAUUUGUAAAGAUCAUGUGAAUCAUCACAAUAUGUGACAGAAAUGCACAUAAGCUUUCUUAUGAAUCUGCUCAUGUGUGAACUAGCAAUAUUAAUGAUAUAUUAUGUGAGACCUCACAGAUUGAAUAAACUUCAGAUUGCUUUUUAUGUCUUUUAAAGUCAAAUGAAGGGAAUUGACAAAUCAUUUGGAAGAAGCUAAGCUUCCUUGAUAUGUAAGUUUGUGAAUUAUCUUUUGUCCUGCAUUAAUUUGACCUAAAAUGUGAACUGAUCUUUAUCAAAGUCAAUGCCAUUGAUAAAGAGGAUCUGAUUAAACAUUAAAAAACA